AAAGCACAGGCGUAAUCGGCUGUAGCCAACUUUUGCAUUUUUAGAUUUGAAAAAAGAAAAGGUAAAUAUAUUUUGUAUAAUUACAAAAACUGUAAAUUCUCUUUAGCUAGCUAACUUUGAGUUGUACACUACACACAAUGUCUGUAGCUACCACUAACGUUACAAACUCACAACCACAAACUCGACCGGUCUCUUUCAUUGAGCUAGCUAACGUUAACUAGCUACCAGUAGCUAUAAAAUAGCUGUGUUGCUGUUAAGCUAACGUUAGCUUGAAGCUGGUUGUAUUUUAAUGAGUGGCGUUUCAGCAUUAGUAAAAUAACAAGAAUGCAAACCAAGAUAGCUAGCUAGAAUGUCAUGAACACCAGAUUGCUGUCUAGUCAAAUCAGCAAAUGAGUGGUUUAACAAUACAAUCUAAGUUGGCCUAACGUCUGUCGAUGUGCCCUUGAGCAAGGCACUUAACCCUAAUUGCUCUGGAUACGAGCGUCUGCUAAAUGACUAAAAUGUAAAUGUUACUUCAGCCACAUACUAACUGUUAGCUCGCUUGCGUUACUAUUACCAAGUGUAAGUGCCGAAAUGUUUUUGUUUUGCACUUAGUCGUAAAUGAAUGUACGUUAGUUAACUAGCGUUAGUAAUGUAGAAGGAACACUGACAAAUUCAGUACAAUAAGUCCAAUAUAACUUUAGUGAAGAGUGUAAGUGUGUAUGCAAUGUUUAUGUAUUGUGUCAUCAUGCACACUGGUGUCAUGUUGUUGUAAUCUAGAUUGUAGGCUACUUGUUUGCAAAUUAUAUUAGCAAUUUUAAAGUAGCUAGCUAGUUAACAUCCCUUUCUUUCUGACAGUUGUGGUUAUGGCCCAGGUUGAGGCAGAACGGGAGCUGUGUAAACAGAACAUCCAGCCAUUGAGAGAGGGAUGGGCUGUGACUGAUCUGCACCUCAGCCACCAAGAGGGAUCAAGCCAUGCAGCUAUCCAGCAACAGAGACAGUAUGUCAUCAACAUUGACUUCAUAAUGUUACUAGCUCGCUAUAUUCAACCAUUUUAGGUUUGGUGAUAGGAGUCACUGUCUGGGCUAUUCUGUUCAGGUGCCAUCUCACUUUGUGUAGAGAUAUAUUAUGAUAUAUAUUAUAGAAUUUGGUAUUGUGUGGAUUUGGUGAGUUUCUACAUGGGGCAUGUCUUUAAAAGUUCACAUCGGCUCAGUCUAUAGAAUUGAAACCUCUGCUUUGUGCCCCACAGAGCGUUUGAAUUGGAACUCCGUGUGUACACUGGAGACGAUCCACUUGAUAUCUGGGAUAGGUGAGAUGUGCAGCAGCAUAUGCAAUUCACCUCACUCUGUAACACACCACACACACACACAUAGGUACACACACAUACAGAUUUAGACACACUAACACACUUCCCCGUGCUCCCUAACUUCACCUGCCAUGAUGGGAUUUCUGUGUUUUUUUUUGUGACUCAGUUUCUUUUGUGUGAUCUGUUUUAAACUUUUGUAUAGGUACAAUUUUUGUAUGCUGUUAAACCUACCCCUGCUUCCAAUCCAAAAUGUCCCUCGGGACAAUAGUUUGAUUGACCACACAGACGCACACACACUCGGGGGACCAUAAAACACUUUUGCUUCUGUGUUGUGCAGGUACCUAAAAUGGAUACUCCUGACUUACCCACAGGGUAGUAAAGAGAGCAGCCUCACGGUCAUUCUGGAGAGGGCUGUGCAGCUCUUUGCUGAUGACAAGAAAUACUACAAUGAUCCCCGUUACAUCAACCUCUGGAUCAAGUUGGUGAGUGGCUAGUCCAGGUCGUUAGUGCGUGAUCCUGCACUGCCACCCUGCAUUGAACGACGUUGAACUCCAUUAGACAAACUCCGCUAACGCCCUGGGCCAGAGCUAGUGAGCGGCAACAUGACAUGGAUUGCCAAAGGAUUAAGGAAUACCAAUAGCCUCGCUUCUAGGAUCACACUCUGGUGGUCAAUGAGGAUAUCUACAUUUUAUGCGUGAUCUUGUUCACAUCAAAUUAGUUUGAGCUGUGCAAGAGCUAAGGCAGAAAAUUGUCCACUCAUACAAUAUCACACUUGCAAACACAUGCCUUACUAAGUAUAGCCUGGGAUAUUGUAAUCCAAACGAAAUAUUGCUCAAUUUCACUGUUUCCCUUCAUUGACAAUAGUGAAAUGGAGCGAUAUUCGCUGUAUUCCCCAAGCUAAUACUAAGUGUAAAAAUGUAUGUUUACAGCCAUGUUUAGAAGCUCGUAUAAAUUUGUAUGAAAAUGUGAACGGGUUGGAACGUAAAUUACUUUCCAAUCAUUCCGAACAGAAUCCCUAUUUAUUUUGUUCUGUUCCGACCAGCAGAAUAAAGUUCUGAACUGGUUAGAACCCCAAAAAUUAGCAGUUCAUAUAUUUACUUAAAAGAUUUACCCAGUGAAAUCAACCGUUUUUACAUUUGGCUCAUUAAUUUACUCCACCAAUUAGCGUGGAUAGAGCAGCUGGCUAUGGAACGGGAAGGUUGUUUGAUGGACAGAUCCUGUAAGUGCAAGCGCGAGAUACAACUGAAAGUUCAGGGGUGAGGAGAGAGAGGGUGGAGAUGGAGGGAGCUUGGCUUGAAAUGCAGAACGUCGUGAUGUGAAUUGGAAUGUGUUUAGGCUAUUACUAGCAUCAUAACUUCACUGAAUUACAGAAUUAUAUACUAGACAUCAGGAAUAUUUUUGGAACAAAAAAUAACAUUUAACCAGUUCUCAAGAUUUGAAAAAAACGUUUGUUGCGGAACACUAGAGAACCUUCGUUCCCGGUUCUGUUUCCGUUCCGUUCUUUUUCGGUUCUGUUCCCUGAACCGGUUCCAACCCCUGCCGUUCAAUAUACUGUACAUUACUGCUGGGAAAGCACUGACAUUGGCUUGCAUGCUAUCACCACCCACCUGUUUGCAUCGAUACAGAACUCGGAACAAUUGACCCAACUUGGGUUGAGUGCAUUAGGGUACGCAACGGAAAAGUUCUAAAACAUUUUGCAACAUAGAACAAAAAUGAGCUUUUGUUAUUGGGCAAGUCCAUGUAGUUUCUCCCUAUUUGAGUCUGUUUUGGUGCCUAAUGGACACUGCUGUGUUGUAGGCCCAGAACAGCAUGGAGCCCCUGGAAAUGUUCAGCUACAUGCAGGCCCAAGGCAUCGGACUCACUCAGGCUGCCCUUUACAUUACCUGGGCGGAGGAGUUCGAGAAGCACGGCAACUUCCAGAAGGCAGACGCCAAGUUCCAAGAGGGACUUAAGUGCAGAGCCCAGCCCAUGGAUAAACUUCAGCAAUAUCACAAGUGUGUGCUCCUUGUCUCUGUCCAUUCCUUGUUAGCUGUCCUAGGUCUGCCUCUGUUGUCUACGUCAUAUACGGAAGGGAGUAUGCUGCAUACAUUUGUACUGAACAGUGUGUUCUAAAUAGUAUGUACUAUUAGUUCAUAGUAAUGACUUUAUAAUGAUUUAAUAUGAGAAUUCAGGCACAGCCCUUGUCAUUGUUUAUCUGUGGUUUGGUGAUUUUUCUUUUAGGGUUUUCCAGGCCAGGGUGGCCCAUCAGGCUAUGUCUGGCAUAGCAGACGGAGCUGAGGAGGAACAGGAACCAGAACCAGCAAGAACCAAUAUGGUAGACCUGAGACCACGGGGGAGGAAAAAGGCAGUCGCACCAGUCAAUAGGACAGAGGCCUCGGCUGCAGGUUAGCCCUUUGUGGUCUUUACUAGGGGUUUUGCUGCACAGUUGCUGAUCUACCAAUGGGCGGGUAGAUGGGGCUUUCUCAGCCAAUCGGCGCUGUUCUGAAUUCAAUGCCGUCUUUGAGGAAAGUGGAUCCAGAGUCGUUGAUCUUCUGCUUAAGAAGGGCAAUUGCAAUCGUACACAGAGCCAUGUUUUGACCAUAUCAAUUUGAGAGUUGUUUAGAAAAUGUUCUAAAAUGAAAUGCAGUAUUUUCAGAUGAAAUGCUGGACUUUGAUGCAAAAAUAUCCCACUUGAAAGUAAAGUAGGGCUGAAGAGGUUGAGAACUACGUUUUGCUGUCUUUGGUAGGACACUCUCGAGGGCUGAACUUGCAGUUGCCCAGACGGUCCGCUCGCAACAUCCAGAACAAUCCGAUCCCGGUGUUUAACGAGAACCAGGCGGGUUCCCUUCAAGCUGCAGAACCGAACCUAGAACCCUGGAUGGCACCACCCACCAGCAGGGCCAAAGAGAAUGAAGUCAUGCCUGAGCAAUUGGCCGACAUCAAGGUUUGACCACAGAUGCCCAUCUCCACAGAUAACUUGACCUGUCGUUUCCAUUGUAUCAAUGUGCGCUGUUUCUAAUCUGUGAGACUUUGUCGCGAUAGCUUACCAGUAGUGAAUAGAGUUGGUAGACUUGGGUUUGUAUUUUAAUAUGGAACUAAAGCCAUUUUCUGUGGAACCUUUUGUAUUUGAUCAUUGUAAAAACUGUUAUUAUUAAGCCAUUUAAGGGGGUGUUCUUUGUCAUGGCAGAUGCCCCAGAAGUCAUGGUGUUCUGGCUCCAGUGUAAUGGUCCCUGCCAGCAGGCCCAACUUCCAGCCUUUCGUGGAUGAGAGUGACCAGACCCCUUCUGUGUGAGUAGUGGAGGAGGGUGACUAGACCCCUUCUGUGUGAGUAGUGGAGGAGGGUGACUAGACCCCUUCUGUGUGAGUAGUGGAGGAGGGUGACUAGACCCCUUCUGUGUGAGUAGUGGAGGAGGGUGACUAGACCCCUUCUGUGUGAGUAGUGGAGGAGGGUGACUAGACCCCUUCUGUGUGAGUAGUGGAGGAGGGUGACUAGACCCCUUCUGUGUGAGUAGUGGAGGAGGGUGACUAGACCCCUUCUGUGUGAGUAGUGGAGGAGGGUGACCAGACCCCUUCUGUGUGAGUAGUGGAGGAGGGUGACCAGACCCCUUCUGUGUGAGUAGUGGAGGAGGACUAAAGUUGUCUCAAGCAGCUGAUCUAGGGCCAGUUUUGAGUAACUCCCCUCAUGGUUAAAGAUGGACUCUGCAAGCUAAUUUCGUUGUUUCAAAUGUAAAAAGUAAUGUUCAUAAAUGCAUAUAAGAACACUCACAUUAAUUUUCUACCUGUUCGGAAUUAAUAGGAUGGCGCAUAUUCUGGUCAAAAAAGGAGUUUUAAUAAAAGGAGUAAAUUACAAGAAGUUUUGAUGAUGUAUCAACUCUCAAUCAUCUGGUUACAUUCUUAGAAACCAUGGAAACUCUUGUUUGCAGUAGCUAACUAACCAAGUGGGCUAGCUAACGUUUCAUCUCUGACUAAAUGCAGCAAAAAUAAUCUCCUCCCCUUUCUCCGUGGCUGCAGGUCUGCGUGUAAGAUUGACCCUGCAGUGAACAUGGUCCUCUCUGCCCGCCCGCCCCCCUCCAAAGACGAGUCUGCAUUGGAGCGUCUGCCGUCGCAGGAGGGAGGAGGGGGCGAGGUGAAGGAACAGAGCAUGUACCUCAAAGAGCUGCUGCUGAAUGGUGCUGUGGAGCUGAGCAUUGAAGAGCUGCGCGCCGAACACUACUUCACACGCAAGCGGCAAGAAAUCGAAGGUUAUCAUUGGACAGUAACUGUUAGCAUAAAACUCACGUUAUACGUGGGAUGUUCCAAGACAUUUGACAUAUUUCCUGGUUUCACAUGCACCUUGGCUGUAGUCUAUUACCCCCAACAGUAUUUAGGGCCAACAAACCCCCUUUAAAGUACAGACAUACAACAGAUAUUGUUUUGGACAAAAUACUUGGGCAAGGUUGUGUGUGUAUCCCCUGUUCAUCUAAAUCGUCAGGGAAUAAAAUGGGCUUCUGUGCUUUCGACUGCCGUUUCUCACCCAGUCACACAGGCCUCCUUUUUGGCUUCUCUGUGCCGUUUAAGGGACCUUUUUCCACUGACAUAUUCCCUCAAGGUAAACCACCCAUGCCCCUUUAUAAAUUGUUUAUUCCCUCCCUUUCCUUUGGAUAGAGACGAUUCAACAGCAAAGCCAAGCCAAAGAGAGGCUGAGGCAGCAGAUAGAUGAGAAGCAACGACUGCUUCAGUUGCAGCAAUCCCAGCAACGACAGCAACGACCACAGCAGGCAAGUGGCAAAGACUCUAAAUCUAGGGUUGUGUUCAUUAGGGCACACCGUAGCGAAACGUUUUGUAACAGAAAAACAAAGUGUUUCUUAUUGGACAAAUUGAGAUAAUCUCCCCCUUUCAGCGCGUUUCGUGCCUACUGAACGCUACCCUGGUUUGAGAUGCCUGAACUUGCUUUGCAGAUGUCCAAUGUGUGUCACGAUUGUGGUUGUCGUCCCUUUUUUCUUUUCAGUUGGAGGUCCGUUUAGGAAACCCAGCUAGAAAGUGUUUUGACAAACUGCAAAGGUCAUUGACUUUGACUGUGAAAGCAACUUGUUUGUCAUAACCAUAUUAACUAUCUGCAGCUAGACUAUCUGGGUCGGAUUCAGUAGGGCACGCCGUAGCCAGUAUUUCCUCUGUAUGCAUUAGGAUUUAUUUUAUUUUAUUUUAUAUACAGUGCAUUCGGAAAGUAUUCAGACCCCUUAACUUUUUCCACAUUUUGUUACGUUACAGCCUUAUUCUACAAUUUUUAUUUUUUAUAUUUCUUUUUAUUCAUCAAUGGUUUUUAGAAAUGUUUGCAAAUGGAAAAAAAUGGAAAUAUAACAUUUACAUAAGUAUUCAGACCCUUUACUCAGUUCUUUUUUUGAAGCACCUUUGGCAGCGAUUACAGCCUCAAGUCUUCUUGGGUAUGAUGCUACAAGCUUGGCACACCUGUAUUUGGGGAGUUUCUCCCAUUCUUUUCUGCAGAUCCUCUCAAGCUCUGUCAGGUUGGAUGGGGAGCGUCGCUGCACAGCUAUUUUCAGGUCUCUCUAGAGAGGUUCAAGUCCGGGCUCUGGCUUGGCCACUUAAGGACAUUCAGAGACUUGUCCCGAAGCCACUCCUGCGUUGUCUUGGCUGUGUGCUUAGGGUCGUUGUCCUGUUGGAAGGUGAACCUUCGCCCCCAGUCUGAGAACCAGCUCUAGAGUGCUCAGGACUUCAUCAAUGAUCUCUCUGUACUUUGCUCUGUUCAUCUUUCCCCCGAUCCUGACUAGUCCCCCAGUCCCUGCCGCUGAAAAACAUCCCUAGAGCAUGAUGCCGCCACCACCAUGCUUCACCGUAGGGAUGGUGCCAGGUUUCCUCCUGACGUGACGCUUGGCAUUGAAGCCAAAAAGUUCAAUCUUGGUUUCAUCAGACCAGAGAAUCUUCUUUCUCAUAGUCUGAGAGUGAUUUAUGUGCUUUUUGGCAAACUCCAAGCGGGCUGUCAUGUUCCUUUUACUGAGGAGUGGCUUCUGUUUGGCCACGCUACCGUAAAGGCCUGAUUGGUGGAGUGCUGCAGAGAUGGUUGUCCUUCUGGAAGGUUCUCCCAUCUCCACAGAGGAACUCUAGAGCUCUGUCAGAAUGACCAUUGGGUUCUUGGUCACCUCCCUGACUAAGGCCCUUCUCCCCCAAUUGCUCAGUUUGUCCGGGAGGCCAGCUCUAGGAAGAGUAUUGGUGGUUCCAAACUUCAUCCAUUUAAGAAUGAUGGAGGCCACUGUGUUCUUGGUGACCUUCAAUGCUGCAGAAAUAUUUUGGUACCCUUCCCCAGAUCUGUGCCUUGACACAAUCCUGUCUCGGAGCUCUACGCACAAUUCCUUCCACCUCAUGGCUUGGUUUCUUUUCUCUGACAUGCACUGUCAACUGUGGGACCUUAUAUAGACAGGUGUGUGCCUUUCCAAAUCAUGUCCAAUCAAUAGAAUUUACCACAGGUGGACUCCAAUCAAGUUGUAGAAACAUCUCAAGGAUGAUCAAUGGAAACAGGAUGCACCUGAGCUCAAUUUCGAGUCUCAUAGCAAAGGGUCUGAAUACUUAUGUAAAGAAGCUAUUUCUGUUUUUUUUUUUUUUUUAAAUUAUACAUUAGCAAACAUUUCUACACCUGUUUUCGCUUUGUCAUAAUGGGGUAUUGUGUGUAGAUUUGAGGAUGAAAAAUAAUUCAAUCAAUUUUAGAAUAAGGCUGUAACGUAACAAAAUGUGGAAAAAGUCAAGGGGUCUGAAUACUUUCCGAAUGCAGUGUAUGUAGACGUAUGCCCCAGGAAGCCCCACCCCCAACUCCUCUGCUACUGCUGCUGAAAAAUAUCCUAGGGGUAACCACUGGUAGCAAAACGUUUUGCAAUGGGGAAAAUGAGUGUUUCUUAUUGGACAAGUUAGUUUCAAAACAUUUUCUCCUUACUGAACACAACCCUGCUGUGUCUAAAAGUGUUCUCAUGUCAAAUAGACAAUUUUCAUAACUUUUUGCGUCUAGGAGGUCACUGGGACUGAGUCCAUCCAAAUAACAGAGUGUGAGUCUGGGUCCGUCAUACCUACCAGCCAACAGAAUGCAAUGGCCUUCCAGAUCUUUGAUGAAGGAUCACAGUCUGGCUCCACGCGUGCAUCUGGGUAAGCCUUUGAGACUCCUGUCGUAUAUCACUGCGUUAAUAAACACAGUCUAGUUUACAUUGUCAUAGUCAGUGACUUAGACAGUCGGUGUUAAUUAGCCUAUAUGAUAAUGGUCAUUUUCUUCUCCCCAUUUUACUUUAUAGAAACUCUAUUCCUCGUCAAAAGGACGUGAUUCCAGGUUUGUGUUCAUUACAAUAUGCGUGUACACGUGUUAAUGCUAUAUAUGCUACAGCGCUAAACAAGCUACAUAGACAUGUCAAGGGGAGGUAGAAAAAUAAUAGGUAUUUGAUUAUUUUCAAUUAUCAACUUUAACCUGUACUUGGCCUCUAUCUGACCUUUGGCCUGUGUCUGACCUUUGACCUGUACUUGAGGUCUUUCUCUGACUUGAUUACUAUUUUAGAUGAUGUUUUCCUACCCCCUGGAGAGAGAGGUCUUUGCUUUAAGACGCCAUACCUGUUUCCAGGUAAUUCGGAAUGUCCUCUAAAGUCCUCUAAACUCCAACCUGCUUCAAAACUGUAUUGAGGAAGUAUCGUAACAUGGGUUAAAACAGUUUGUUUUAACACUGUAGUAUUAUUUGGAUAACUAAUAAUUAUGCAGGAACAACGACACAAAGUGUUUCAGACUUUUCCAUGCACUUCAAAGGUGAUCACUUUUUUUGUUGACAGGCGGCAGUAUCCCCCACUCUGAACGGACCCAAUUAUCUAAGGUUUGGACAGUUUUUUUUUUGGAACUGUAAUAUUGACUUUGCGCUAAUCUAGCACAAUUCAGGCAAAACCAUCAAUGAUCCACUGCCUUUGAAUGUACAGCCUGUUCCCAGAUCUGUUUGUGCGGUCUUGUCAACUCACAGACCUGGGCUCAGGCUACGUUAGUCUACAUAUGUAUUCUGUUGGAAAUUCCUGGUUGCACAAAAAAAAUAAUUAUAUCAAUAGUUAUGAUUGAUUGAUUGACUUGUACCACCCAGAACUUCCCAGAGAGAAGCGAGUCCCUGAAUGAGGACGUGGUCAGCGGCCACAAGAACAAGACGCUGUGCGCCAGCCCCGAGGACACGCAGGACUUUGUGAAGGCCGCCAAGAUGGCUUCCUCUCCUUAUCACGCCACGGGACAGAGGGCGGUCUCACCCAACGCUGGCACUCUGACCAAAGAGCCCGGCAUGACCCCUCAACCUGACGCCGACUCGGAAGGAAGGAAGAUGCUCAGGUAUAGUUUUACCACCCAAUGAGUUUUGACCCGACCGACAAGGGUCCGCUAGCCUUAUUGAGAGUUUGAUGGCAGCGAGCUCAGUAGCUUUUCCCUCCCUCUCGAGAGUCUCUGCCAGUGCAAGUCAUGAUGAUAAGCCGGGGCUGUGUUCAUUGAUACGGGCACACUGUAGCAAAAUGUUUUAUAAAGGGAUCUGAAAACGACCAUAUCUUAUUGGACAAGUUCAGGUAGUACCUCCCCGCUUUACACCUCGUUUUCUUCCGUUUCGUGCCUAAUGAACACAACCCUGCUCAAAUGGAAAAUACAUUGCAAAGUCAUAACGUGCAGCUCUAAUGAGCUAUGAACAUUCUAAAACCUAUUGUGUUGCUUUCACCAAUUAUGUCAGAUCAGUAAUUACUUCAAGGAGCAAGAAAAUAUGUAUUUGAACAGGGCUCUUCUGACUAUCUCCUUGAUGUUUGUUCUGCAGCCCCAUCCAGGAAGCCAGCCUGGAGGCUUGGGGUUCCAUGGCUUCAGGCCCCACCUCCACCUCCUCUGUGGGCACAAACUCUGGAGGCAAGGCCGUCCACCACCUCGGCAGGCUGGAGGAGAGCCACGCAGCACCCCACCCCGAAGCCAUGGAACAGAAUUCACCAUCCAGUGAGUAUCAGGAUGGUCUAGUCCCGUGUGGCUCAGUUGGUAGAGCAUGGCGCUUGCAACGCCAGGGUUGUGGGUUCGAUUCCCACGGGGGACCAGUACAGAGGAGAAAAAUAAAAGUAUGAAAUGUAUGCACUACUGUAAGUCGCUCUGGAUAAGAGCGUCUGCUAAAUUACAUAAAUGUAAAGAAAAUAAUCUCUUCAGCACUGAAUUACACACAAAUACUAUUUCCAGUAGAAAUUCUUCCCUGCCUUUUUCUUUGGCUGUCCAAGAAAGCCGUAUUUAAACUCAUUCAAAGUAAAAGUCAUGGAAUUGUGUUGCACAUGGCAGUUUAGUGGACAGAAAAAAGACUGAAGGGGGAAAAAAGCAUUCUAAUCCUUUUAUUUAAAAAAAUAAAAAAAAUACCUUUUCAUUUUGACUGUUUGUAAUCUUAUGUUUCAGUAGAAGCAUUGCUCCAUAGUAUUGCAGGUAAUUGUCCAUGUGGUUCAUAAGAGUCUAUUAGUUGUGAAUUACUAAUGUUCUCAAUCGCACACUGACAUUUCAUUUCACCUAUUCAACACUGUGCUCUGACUAUUUGGCGGUACAACCCAGUGCCCAUUAAUUUUGGAUUCCAUUAAUUGUGUAUGACUAGUCUAGUUGAGACCCUUGGCUUCACUAGGAGCUGAAAGGAAUAAGUCAAGUCUAUUUGGUGUUGAAAUGCUUUGUUUUCCCUUCCUGGUAUUGUAGUCCAACCUGUGAUUGAGGACCCUUGCAGUGUGGGGGUGAGACAGCGUUUGCUGGAUCAAGUGGACCUGAGCUCCUUUCCAAACUUCUACUCAGAGGAUGGUCCCCUUCCCAUGGUUGAGGAAGAUGAUGUGCUGAUCCUAGGUAUUUCAACUAAUAAUCAACGAUGGAUGGUUGGUUUAAAUGAUGGGUGGAUGGUUGGUUUAAGGGAUGGAUGGAUGGAUGGUUGGUUUAAAUUACUGAUGGAUGGAUAGUUGGUUGGUUUAAAUUAUUGAUUGGUGGGUGGAUUAUAAUUCUACACCGCUUGUUCACCUUUUUUUGAACCGUCUUGCUUAAAGGGAACGAGACCUUUGCUACCUACUCCAAGAUGGACUGUGAGAAGUUUUCCAUCUAUGCAGGCCGAGGUGGGGGUGACGUUGCCAUUAAGGUAAGGCUAGUGAAUGAUUAUAAACUCACAGUAGAUUUAAAUAACUGUCCUUUUAGGUGAGUUGAAGAGUUUAAUGAUUUCAUACAUGCAGGCUCCACCUCUAUCGAACUAGAAUUGCAGAUAAAGCAAAAUCGCACUGCUGGUUCGCUCGGAACGUUGGCUUUAUUUUAAAGCCAAAGUUCUGAGUUUGCCCCGCCACUUGGUUUGCUAUAAAGCUGAGGGGUGGGGCUGGAGAAAUGAUUCCACUCAAGUUCAUAUACAGUGAGGGAAAAAAGUAUUUGAUCCUCUGCUGAUUUUGUACAUUUGCCCACUGACAAAGAAAUUAUCAGUCUAUAAUUUUAAUGGUAGGUUUAUUUGAACAGUGAGAGACAGAAUAACAACAAAAAAAUCCAGAAAAACGCAUGUCAAAAAUGUUAAAAAUUGAUUUGCAUUUUAAUGAGGGAAAUAAGUAUUUGACCCCCUCUCAAUCAGAAAAAUUUCUGGCUCCCAGGUGUCUUUUAUACAGGUAAAGAGCUCAGAUUAGGAGCACACUCUUAAAGGGAGUGCUCCUAAUCCCAGCUUGUUACCUGUAUAAAAGACACCUGUCCACAGAAGCAAUCAAUCAAUCAGAUUCCAAACUCUUCACCAUGGCCAAGACCAAAGAGCUCUCCAAGGAUGUCAGGGACAAGAUUGUAGACCUACACAAGGCUGGAAUGGGCAACAAGACCAUCGCCAAGCAGCUUGGUGAGAAAGUGACAAAAGCUGGUGCGAUUAUUCGCAAAUGGAAGAAACACAAAAGAACUGUCAAUCUCUCUCGGCCUGGGGCUCCAUGCAAGAUCUCACCUCGUGAGUUGCAAUGGAUCAUGAGAAGGGUGAGGAAUCACCCCAGAACUACACGGGAGGAUCUUGUCAAUGAUCUCAUAGUCACCAAGAAAACAAUUGUCUCUUGAAGGCGAACGCAGCGCCGCAAGGUCCCCUGGACCAUAGUCCAAGAAAACACAUGGUAACGCCACACGCCUUGAGAGGAUGACAAUCCUGCAGCGCCUGCAGCGCCCGCAAGGUCCCCCUGCUCAAGAAAGCACAUAUACAUGCCCUUCUGAAGUUUGCCCAAUGAACAUCGAAUGAUUCAGAGGGAUACCAGUGGGGGAGAAAAUUAUUAGUCAGCCACCAAUUGUGCAAGUUCUCCCACUUAAAAGAUGAGAGAGGGCCUGUAAUUUUCAUCAUAGGUACAUGUCAAACUAUGACAGACAAAUUGAGAAUAAAAUUGCAUCCUGCAGUGCCAGACGUGUCCCCCUGCUUAAGCCAGUACAUGUCCAGGCCCGUCUGAAGUUUGCUAGAGUGCAUUUGGAUGAUCCAGAAGAGGAUUGGGAGAAUAUCAUAUGGUCAGAUGAAACCAAAAUAGAACUUUUUGGUAAAAACUCAACUCGUUGUGUUUGGAGGACAAAGAAUGCUGAGUUGCAUCCAAAGAACACCAUACCUACUGUGAAGCAUGGGGGUGGAAACAUCAUGCUUUGGGGCUGUUUUUCUGCAAAGGGACCAGGACGACUGAUCCGUGUAAAGGAAAGAAUGAAUGGGGCCAUGUAUCGUGAGAUUUUGAGUGAAAACCUCCUUCCAUCAGCAAGGGCAUUGAAGAUGAAACGUGGCUGGGUCUUUUCAGCAUGACAAUGAUCCCAAACACACCGCCCGGGCAACGAAGGAGUGGCUUCGUAAGAAGCAUUUCAAGGUCCUGGAGUGGCCUAGCCAGUCUCCAGAUCUCAACCCCAUAGAAAAUCUUUGGAGGGAGUUGAAAGUCCGUGUUGCCCAGCGACAGCCCCAAAACAUCACUGCUCUAGAGGAGAUCUGCAUGGAGGAAUGGGCCAAAAUACCAGCAACAGUGUGUGAAAACCUUGUGAAGACUUACAGAAAACGUUUGACCUGUGUCAUUGCCAACAAAGGGUGUAUAACAAAGUAUUGAGAAACUUUUGUUAUUGACCAAAUACUUAUUUUCCACCAUAAUUUGCAAAUAAAUUCAUUAGAAAUCCUACAAUGUGAUUUUCUUGAUUUUUUUUCCCCCCUCAUUUUGUCUGUCAUAGUUGACGUGUACCUAUGAUGAAAAUUACAGGCCUCUCUCAUCUUUUUAAGUGGAAGAACUUGCACAAUUGGUGGCUGACUAAAUACUUUUUCCCCCACUGUAACUGGGUGAAAGUGUUGUGGUCAGAUGAGACCAAAAUUGAGCUCUUUGGCAUCAACUCAACUCGCCGUGUUUGGAAGAGGAGGAGGAAUGCUGCCUAUGACCCCAAGAACACCAUCCCCACCGUCAAACAUGGAGGUGGAAACAUUAUGCUUUGGGGGUGUUUUUCUGCUAAGGGGACAGGACAACUUCACCGCAUAAAAGGGACGAUGGACGGGGACCAUGUACCGUCAAAUCUUGGGUGAGAACCUCCUUCCCUCAGCCAGGGCAUUGAAAAUGGGUCGUGGAUGGGUAUUCCAGCAUGACAAUGACCCAAAACACACGGCCAAGGAAAGAAAGGAGUGGCUCAAGAAGAAGCACAUGAAGGUCCUGGAGUGACCUAGCCAGUCUCCAGACCUUAAUCCCAUAGAAAAUCUGUGAAGGGAGCUGAAGGUUCGAAUUGCCAAACGUCAGCCUGGAAACCUUAAUAACUUGGAGAAGAUCUGCAAAGAGGAGUGGGACAAAAUCCCUCCUGAGAUGUGUGCAAACCUGGUGGCCAACUACAAGAAACGUCUGACCUCUGUGAUUGCCAACAAGGAUUUUGCCACCAAGUACUAAGUCAUGUUUUGCAGAGGGGUCAAAUACUUAUUUCCCUUAUUAAAAUGCAAAUCAAUUUAUAACAUUUUUGACAUGCGUUUUUCUGGAUUUCUUUGUUAUUCUGUCUCUCACUGUUCAAAUAAACCUACCAUUAAAAUUAUAGACUGAUCAUGUCUUUGUCAGUGGGCAAACGUACAAAAUCAGCAGGGGAUCAAAUACUUUUUUCCCUCACUCUAUGGUGCUAUGGAUGCAAUGACUGUCCAUGAGAUCAACAUGAUCGUAUUGACAGUUAGUUUACAAGGUUCUCCAGCUGAGUUGAGCUCUAACACGCCACUGUUGCCUUGUGCAGCUGGAGCACAACACAGUGCCCUGGGACUUCUACAUCGGCUCACAGCUGAGGGAGCGACUAGCCCGGGACUCCCAGGCACCCGUCCACGACGCGGGGCGCUGCUUCCUGUUCCAGGACGGCUGCGUCACAGUCCACAAGGCCCCCCAGCAGAGCACACUGCGUGUGGGUAGUUCCACCUCCGUCCUCCUUGCAUUAUUGCACCCUUAUAGAAUCUAUCCAUAGACAUACACAAAAGUGGUAAUUAAUGGUACUUCAUAUUGUGACGUUUUGCCAAGUAUGUUAUAUCCACACCCCAAAGAAUAACAAUAGCUCUGUGUAUAAACCAUUUAUAAAAUGAGAUGACAUCAUCUUGGGUGGUGUUCAGUAGGCAUUAAACGGAAGAAAAUGAUCUGAGACGAGGAGGUUCUAUUUGAACUCGUCCAGUAAGAACCGCUAGUUGUUGGGGGUUCUUUUUGCAUAACAUUUAGCUAUGAUGUAAAGAACAGGAUUCUAAUAAGAAAGAACCGUUGAUAAGGUCUGUUGUGGUUCCUCUCCUUCUGGCCUACACAGGCGGUGGCUGAGGAGACCUUUGAGGAAGUCGUGGCCUCCCUGGCCAUGCAGACAGUGGAGCUGGUGAGACUCAUGCACUCCUGCCACCUGAUCCACGGAGCCCUCAGUCCAGACACACUGGUCAUGAAUCGGUAUGCACACACACGGUCCAGCCACGCAUGCGUAUGAGUUGCCAAACACAGACUUGCAUGCAUAGUUCAGACGCCUGACAUACAGGCAUAUUACUUAGACACACUAGGCCUUGCAUGCUUGCAUACACCUUUGUUUUGUUCUUUUUAGAGCCUCAGGUGAUUUUAGACCACACGCACUAGUUCCUCCUAUAAGGUCCCUACGUGCAUAUGGCUAAAAGUCCCUGGACAAAUCACAUUAUGAAACCAAGAAAGUCAUGUUUGAUAAAUACAGCCAUACUUAAGAUUAAGAUCUCCAUGUUUUUCUUAAAGCUAAGAGUCCUUAAUGGGUGCCACGGCCACAACCGUUUGGGAUAUUACAAAAACUAAGAAGUUACUGCAAACAACACUUAUUAAAAAGGGACAUCAUUGGACGCGGGGGGGCAACAGUAGUGCCGUUUCCCUAAACGUGGAUUAGAUCUUUAAAUCAGUCAGAUAAUCUACCAGUCUUAAUCUUCCUUUCCUUUCCACCCCCCCCAGUCCUCAUGAUGAACCAACGGAUGAGAUUGGUGCCGCCGUGGCGCUGGACUUCUCCUGCUCCGUGGACCUGGAGCUUCAGCCGGAGGUGACUGCAGCACACAGCCUCCCAGCUGCCCAGGACUUCAUCACACAAGGCCUUCUAGCCCCUUCUGCCAGCCCUUAUCAGGUACGGUGCAUACCUCUCUCUUGUUGGCAUCGUCACAUGGCUACGUGCUCUCCAGAGGAAAGUCGAAAGGUUUCACUGUUUUUAAAUUGAUAUGGACGCCCCCCCCAAAAAAAAUCCUGGCCUGCCCCCAUCAGCAUCAUCUUUAUGCUCACUUUAUUUACAGUAUGUAGGAUGUAUUUGAGUUAUUCUGUGAUUUAUUGCAUGGCCCAAUACUCUUCUGUACCUCACCCACCCAGAUGUCUGUUUAUUAAUUUGUUUCUCUUUUUAAUCAUGUUCUUGUCUUAUGUAAGCUGCAAGCAAAGUUUGAAAUGUGUUCUACCCUCUUGUGGCUUUGAGUCUCAAGUGACUCUUGUUAUGUAAACUGCCACAUGUAUUUGUGUAAGUAAAUAAAGCCCAUCUAAAAAUCUACCAGAUACCUCCAUUUACGAUUCAUAGAGUUGCUCUGCUCUAGUUCAGUAGCUAUCGCCCCCCCCCUCCUCUCCCUGAUUACAGGUGGAUCUCCUGGGUAUUGCAGAGACUGUGCACACUCUGCUGAAGAAGAGAACCAUGCGCCUGGUUAAGGAAGACUCAGCGUGGACACUGGAGGAAUAUCAGGAAGCACACCCCAGGUACAGUACGGUUUCCUCUUGUCAUGUUCUGCCACUGGGUCCUCACAAGGCCCGCCUACUCCACCAAUCGGAUGAGGGGGUAUGAUGACACGUGUGCCGGCUUGCGGUUGGUGGGAAAUGACCAAUCAGAUGAGGGAGGGGCAGACGAGAGACAUGCAUUUAUUUUAUCUAGUGUUCAUCAAUCAUUUGCUUAUUUAUUAUCUAAUGAAACCAACCUUUCUAAAUGCAAAGUUGUAAUUGGAUGUCUUAUUCAAACUCUACUUGCAAGCUUAUUUGCCCUUACUCAUAGUUACUUGUCUUAAACCAAAAUAGGUUUAAUAUCUGCAUUGUUUUUAAAAUGGCAUGUAGACAAAUUGACACCUUGAUUUUUAUUUUCAAAAUCCACAAGUAAAAUGUACAGUUUCACAGAUAUAUAUACAGCUCUGGAAAAAAUUAAGAGAGCACUGGAAAAUGAUCAGUUUCUCUGGUUUUCCUAUUUAGAGGUAUGUGUUUGGAUAAAAUUAACAUUUUGUUUUUAUUCUAUAAACUACUGACAACAUUUCUCCCAAAUUCCAAAUAAAAAUAUUAUCAUUUAGAGCAUUUAUUUGCAGAAAAUGACAACUGGUCAAAAUAACAAAAAAGAUGCAGCGUUGUCAGACCUCGAAUAAUGCAAAGAAAUUAAGUUCAUGUUCAUUUUUAAACAACACAAUACUAAUGUUUUAACUUAGGAAGAGUUCAGAAAUCAAUAUUUGGUGGAAUAACCCUGAUUUUCAAUCAUAGCUUUCAUGCGUCUUGGCAUGCUCUCCACCAGUCUUUCACAUUGAUGUUGGGUGACUUUAUGCCACUCCUGGCGCAAAAAUUCAAGCAGCUCGGUUUCGUUUGAUGGCUUGUGACCAUCCAUCUUCCUCUUAAUCACAUUCCAGAAGUUUUCAAUGGGGUUCAGGUCUGGAGAUUGGGCUGGCCAUGACAGGGUCUUGAUCUGGUGGUCCUCCAUCCACACCUUGAUUGACCUGACUGUGUGGCAUGGCACAUUGUCCUGCUGGAAAAACCAAUCCUCAGAGUUGGGGAACAAUGUCAGAGCAAAAGGAAGCACGUUUUCUUCCAGGACAACCUUGUACGUGGCUUGAUUCAUGCGUCCUUCAAAAAGACAAAUCUGCCCGAUUCCAGCCUUGCUGAAGCACCCCCAGAUCAUCACCGAUCCUCCACCAAAUUUCACAGUGGGUUCGAGACACUGUGGCUUGUAGGCCUCUCCAGGUCUCCCGUCUAACCAUUAGACGACCAGGUGUUGGGCAAAGUUGGACUCAUCAGAGAAAAUGACCUUACUCCAGUCCUCUACUGUCCAAUCGUUAUGGUCUUUUGCAAACCUCAGCCUGGCUCUUCUUUGCUUCUCAUUGAUGAAGGGCUUUUUUCUAGCUUUGCACGACUUCAGCCCUGCCCCUAGGAGCCUGUUUCGAACCGUCCUCACCGUGCACUUCACCCCAACUGCCGUUUGCCAUUCUUUUUGUAGGUCACUUGAUGUCAUCCUACGGUUGUUGAGUGACAUUCGAAUGAGUUGGCGGUCAUCCCGGUCAGUAGAGAGUCGUUUUCGCCCUCUGCCGGUCUGUAGCUUUGUUGUCCCCAAUGUCUGCUGCUUGACCUUGUUCUUAUGAACCGCCGUCUUUGAAAUUUUAAGGACGGAAGCAACCUGACGCUCACUGUAUCCCUCUGCCAGUAAAGCCAGAAUUGAACCCUUCUUUUCCUCACUCAAAACUUUCCUUUUCAACUCUUUUGGCAUGGUCCGUAGUUAUUUUUUGAUUAAUAUUACUUUUGAGGUACUAUUUGGACUGUUUUUGCCAUCCAGCUGGUCCUAUUGCAAGAGGAUAGUAAUGACCACAGCAGUGAUUUUUUAUACUUUUCAUCGUUAAAUAAGAUUUGGUUCAGGUGAUCGCAUAAUCAGUACCUAAUUCAGUAGAAUGAGGUGUGCCUGUGUUGGAAUUCAACAGACACUGGAAUGGAAUGGCUGUCAUACAUGUAGAGAUGCUGAUUUAAGAAACAUUUGCAGUGGUCUCUUAAUUUUUCCCCAGAGCUGUAUAUAUAUAUUUAAAAAAUUUAAGUUGACAACUUUAACCCUGUUGCUUUGUGAGGUGUUGAAGUUCAGUUAGCCAUUGUUAUGUAAAUAAAAUCUGAAAAGUACCAUCUGAGGGCUCAUGCCAUGCCAAAUCUUUUCAGCCUCCUGAGUGGGAAGAGGUGUUGUCAUGCCUUCUUCACAACUGUGUUGGUGUGUUUGGACCAUAAUAGGUCCAUAGUGAUGUGGACACCGAUGAUCUUGAAGCUCUUGACCCGCUCCAUUACAGCCCUGUCGAUGUGAAUGGGGGCGUGCUCGGCCCUCUGUUUACUGUAGCUCCUUUGUCUUGCUCACAUUGAGGGAGAGGUUGUUGUCCUGGCACCACACUGCCAGGUCUCUGACCUCCUCCCUGUAGGCUGUCUCAUUGUCGUCGGUGAUCAGGCCAACCACCGUUGCGUCGUCUGCAAACUUAAUAAUGGUGUAGGAGUCGUGCACGACCACGCAGUUGUGGGUGAACCGAGUACAGGAGGGACCAAGCACGCACCCCUGGGGGGCCCCCGUGUUGAGGGUCAGCGUGGCAGAUGUGUUGUUGCCUACCCUCACCACCUGGAGACGGCCCAGGUGGUGUCGGGAAGUUCCAGGAUCCAGUUGGAGAGGGAUGUGUUCAGUCCCUGGGUCAUUAGCUUAGUGAUGCGCUUGGAGGGCACUAUGGUGUUGAACACUGAGCUGUAGUCAAUGAACAGCAUUCUCACAUAGGUGUUCUUUUUUUUCCAGGUGGGAGAGGGCAGUGUGGAGUGCAAUAGAGAUUGCAAGAUCUGUUGGGGCGGUAUGCAAAUUGGAGAGGGUCCAGGGUUUCUGGGAUAAUGGUGUUGAUGUGAGCCAUGACCAGCCUUUCAAAGCAUUUCAUGGCUACAGAUGUGAGUGCUUCAGGGUGGUAGUCAUUUACACGGGUUACCUUGGCGUUCUUUGGCACCGGGAGUAUGGUGGUCUGCUUGAAACAUGCAGUUAUUACAGACUGGGUCAGGGAAAGGUUGAAAAUGGCAGUGAAGACGCUUGCCAGCUGGUCAGCGCAAGCUCUGAGUAAGUGUCCUGUUAAUCAGUCUGGUCCUGCGGCCUUGUACCAAAUCCAUGAAGGGAAGUGAAUGAGUGCACAAUUCGGGAGAAAGGACACAUUAUUCGAUUAUUGGGCCGCAGGUAUUGUCUUUCAUCCCCUGUUCCUCAAGCAAACUCUUUUUAUUUACAGUGACCGGAGCGAUGCGUUUUGGAGCAAGUUCUUCCGGACCGUUCUGAAUCCCGGAGACAGGCCUUCUGUGUCAGUCCUCACAGAGCUACUUGAAGACAUGAAGAAGUCUAAAUUUGCUUGCUAUGGCGCCUAGUUUUUUUUCCUAGCACUGCCUUCCUAGUACACUGUCAGUGUGGCUAUUUAGAUUUUCUUUGUCUCAUAUUUGUAGAUGUUGCUGUUGUAAUAAUUGUUUUGUUAGUCUCUUUAUCUGUUAUGAUUUCAAUUUAAUUGUUUUAUUUCUGUUAAAUGCAGUUGAUUGUUCAG